AUGUCUGCCCACCUGGUCGAAAAUAAAGACGCCACACAUGAUGUCGAGGAUGACCUAGAGUCUAGUCUCUAUGUCGUUCUAUGGGUUGCCUUACUAUGGACAGAGACAUGCUUGACUGCCCCUGCAUGGUCAUUACUCAUGAAGCAGGUCUUCGAAGUUGAUGAAUUGGAAGGGGUUGGAUCAUCUACUAAAUCGGCUUUUCUCAACUCAAGAACACAACUUAGGGGUGAUGUGUUUAUCGACCGCAAACCGCUCAACAGGCUCAUUCUUGCAAUUACCGAGCUCUUCGCGCCUUGGUACAUUGUGGUCACUCGGGAGCAGCAGGAUGCUUAUGAUCAAACAUGCGAGCACAUGGAGAAGACAGACACCACUAACAUGACCUUCAUCAUGAACCUCUUGAAGGCGAAUCCUGCUUACAAAUUGAAGAUGGACAUGGAGAUCUUGAAGUUGCACGACAAAAUCAUCGACGUGUAUAAUUUUCACCUUCAAUUAGAAGGCUGGCCUCAAGAUCCUCCUGUGGAACAAAUUCUCACCUCCAACGGGAAGUUCCACGCAAAAUUCCUUGUCUUCACGAAGUUGCUAUGUCCUUCACAGGUAGAAUCAACGACAUCUAGCAAGAGACGUAGAGUUGGGGAUAACUAG